AUCGAAUUUUACCUUUGCUACAUUCCUGACUCAUAGAUCUACGUCAAGCUGUAACUCAACACGCAAGAAAUGCUCACUAUCAGCCAAUCGCGCAGCUCGACGCGAGUACAGGCACCCCCCGGCGGUCACUCUUCCAUAAGCCUCGGCGGUGCUGCCGAUCCGCCUCUCAGCCCUACAAAAGCUGCAGCAGCCCCCGAGGCCGAUGUUGCACCCCCAGAGACCUCGCCUGUUGUAGUUGUUGCGGAGCCAGAAACUGCGGAUGUCGCAGGACUUGCAGCUGUUGAGGACGGGCCUUCGCUAGAACUCCUUAAGCUGCAGGCUAUUGGGGCGCUUGCUGGGGCAGAAGACGCUCCGGAAGUGCGGGAUGCCAUUACCGUUCUUCUGAAGCAACUGCAAAUCGCUUCGGCGGCCAAGAAGGAAAAUUCGGAGGAGCCAGGGCUUGCAGCCCCUGUGGAUGCGGAGGCCGCUGCUGCCGCUACGGACCCCGGCUCCGUGGCGCUGGCUGCACUGAAGACCGCCCUGAAGCUGCGCGGCACCCAUGGUAUCAUCAGCAUCGGCAGGAAGUUCCGCUCCAUGGAUGAGGACGGAGACCGCAAGCUGUCGUACGACGAGUUCAAGCGUGGCCUGCUGGACAUGAAGCUGGGGAUGUCCGAGGCCGACAUGACGCGGCUGUUCCGCCACUUUGACAAGGACGCCUCGGGCUACAUCACCUUUGACGAGCUGCUGUACGGACUGCGAGGGGAGCUCAAUGAGCGGCGGCUGGAGAUGGUGCGGCGCUGCUUCAAGGUGCUGGACAAGAAGGGCGAGGGCAAGGUCACGCUGGCCGACAUGGAGCGCCGCUACGACGCAUCGCGGCACCCCGACGUGGUGGCUGGCACCAAGACGCAGCGCAUGGUGUUGCUUGAGUUCCUGGGUGUGUUCGAGUCGGCGGGCGGCGGCACCAAGGGCGACGGCCUGGUGGAGUUCGAGGAGUUCAAGUCGUACUACACCCAGGUCAGCGCCAACAUUGACCCGGGCAACAGCGGCGACGACUACUUCGAGCUCAUGAUGCGCAACGUGUGGCACGUGAGCGGUGGCGAGGGCUGGUGCGCCAACACCACCUGCAAGCGCGUGCUGGUGGUGCUGGAGGAUGACACGCAGAAUGUGAUGGAGCUGACGGAUGACUUUGACGUUGACGUGAAGGACCUGACGGCGGUGAAGGCCAAGCUGGCGGAGCAGGGCGUCACGGGUAUCAAGAGUGUCGCGCUGUACGGCGACAUGGCGGCGGUGGACAGCAUCUCCGGUGGUGGUGGCUCAGGCGCCUCCACCCCCCGCGGCUCCCCCGCCCCCUCCUCGGAGCCCACCUUCCGGCCCUCCACCGGGGGUCGCCGAGGUGGCGACCACAACCGCAGCAGCAUCAUUUUUGGUUAAGUAGAUAAGGCAGCAGGAUUGUGAGUGCUGGAGGAUCAUAAAGGGCAUGAGAGCCGGAUAGGCUUGUGUACAAGUCAACGUAGCCGCGAGGAGACGGUGACUGAGACGGGCAGGAGAUAAAAGGCCAACCGAUGCAGUCCAGUAAUGGUACGCAGCCAUUUUUGCACCUAUGCGUGACACAUUCAUGGAUAAGCCACGCUGCGCUAAGGCGUGCGAGUGUUUAUGUUUACCACGUAAAUGCACAUUGCCCUAACCGUUAGGGCAAACAACGCGUGAACUGGUGUACGUGGCAAGACGUACACCGUAGUACUGCAUACUCUAGGAUUUGAAAGCAUGGACACUUGGUCUUAUAGAUUGAUAAAGCCUGGGCGCUGAUUCUGCCUUUCACUGUGAACAUGCCGCGGCACUGGGCAAAGAAGCACGCAGGCAUGUCCCUGCCCGAGAUGCUGGUGGUAGGGGUCAAGGAGGCGGCCUUCAUGGCUAAGAAGAAGCUGAAGAACCAAAAGUAGUGGAGGUGUUGUGGCUGACAGCACGCGUUUCAGUGACAAGCUUGGUGCUUUGGCGUAGGGUAUUUGGUUUCCUAGUAUCUUAGGGAAAGCAUGGACAGGUUACGACAAGCUUAUUUGCCUUUAAUUACAACAACACAACCAGACUUGCUACCAUAUUGCUGCAACUCCUCUUACCA